AAAAUUCAUCGCAACCGUAUUAGAAUAUUUUGAACGGGAAAGCGGUAGUAAUGGUCCUUUAUGUCCCUCAAGCACUGUUAAGAAGAUGGCCGAUACAGUGAAGAAAUCUAGAAUAGUAAGUGAGGAAGAGCAAGAUUUGGAGGAAGCUUUACUUGAAGAGUUUAACAUCAGACUAAAAAGCUGCAUGAGUAACGACGACCUUCAAAAAACCACAGACCCUCCUGAACCGGACGGUACGACCUACGAAAACAUACAUUCGCCUCAGAAGUUCACAAAGGCCGAGAUCAAAUCGACCGAAGCUUUCCUACGAGGGGAAAUACAACAUGAAAAUUAUUACGACGAGCCUAGAUCGUUACUGACCAACGGUACUAAGCAGAACGGGCAUCACAGUAUGUCCGCCGUUGAAACGGAUGAAGAAAUCUACGAAAAUAUUCCCGAGAAGACUGAAUUGGACCAAACCUACGUUCCGAUGGUAGAAUUAGAGUUAAGUCACAGUGAAAAACACUCAGAAAACGUCGAAUACGAACCUAUGGGUGGAAAUUUAACUAGCUCAAAUCUCUACGAGAGUGUGGAGCUUAAACCAGAAAUUCCUAACGCAAAAAGACAAACUCCUACACUGAAUCUUCCGACUACAUCGUUUACAGACUGUUCCGAACAAAAAUCACCGGAUACCGACCUGAAAUCCUCUGUAAAAGAUCGUAUGCUGCUGAGUUGUGAUGAUACAUCAACUCUACUCUUUACCCAGACUGUUACCUCUCCUAUGCUGACACCUAGUGAGGAAAACAUAGAUUUCCUCAAAGGUUUUCGAAGAGAGAACACAAAUUCUGACAGCACGUCAGCCUCAAAUGUUAGUCCCCCAAAAGAACAGGAAGAAAAAACCAGUCCUGAUGUUUCCGAACAGUUGGAUGAUGAAAAAGUUCACAGUUCUGAGAACUACUAUGAAAACACUGCAUUUUAUAAAAACACAACACCAGAAAACAUGUAUGAGAACUUAGAGCUAGCUGGGAAAGUUACAGCUUCAGAUUUAGAACCGGAAGAAAACAUUUACGAGCAUUUAGAAGAUAUGGAGAGUGAUGAGACAAAUACCAAGGAAGAAAACAUUUACCAGAAUAUCGAGGAAACUUUGGAGAGUGAAAAUGAGAAGAAAGACUUGCGGAGUUGUGACACUGAAGACGGUAGCCUUGAGGAGUUUAUCAGAUACGAGAAGGAAGUUUCCGAGAGUUUUUUAGUCUCCAAGAAAUCUCCAGAGAAAGUCGCAGAUGUUUUGCCAGAGGAAGUGUUAGAUAUAGUUACAGAUUCAAAAGUUAAUGAAGAUAAUUUAAAGGAACCUGAAAACACUCCAGAGCAAUGUAACUUGCGAUUCGAACACCAAAAAACAGAAAAUAGUGAAUCGAUUACAUGCCAGACAAUAACAACAGAAGAAAAACUCUCUUCGGAAACCUACAAAGAGCUGAUAUAUCAUCAAAAAUGCGAAACCAACUCGAAUUACUACGAAAAAUACAAUGAAGUUGUAACUAAAAGUACUAAAAAUGAAGUGAUUUCAAACAGAGAAAAAGAUACAGAGACUGUUCCUGCUGAGAUAGUUAAGAAUUUGAAGAGUCAAUUUCAAAAUCGAGGUGUGGAAGUUGUUGGAAUAGUAAAAAAGGAUUCAAAGGCUGAAUUGAAGGGCGCAAAAAUUAUCAAUCAAAUCAAGAACAAGUUUGAAGUGGGAAAUGAUAAUGGAGAUGAGAAGAAGUCGGAUGAUAGUACCGAGUAUUCGGAGACCAUUGUAGAGAGUAGUGGCGAUGGGGAGAGGUCCAUUAAAAAGAAAAAAGUGAAAAAGACUAGAAAAGAAGAAAAAGAAAAUAUUUCAGUUAACGAAAACGGAAUCUUAGAGGGAGAGAAUUUUUACAAUGUAAGCGUAAAAAGUUUGUGUAGAUCGUUUGGAGAUUUAACAAAAAUUCACAGCGAUAAGAGUAGUAAAAAGAAUACGAGUAGAAUGCGAACUAAAUCGUUGACAGACAUGAUGUGUCAAUCAUCUAACCUCAAACAUGUAAUAGAAAUAGAGAAUGUUUUCUCCAAAGUAUCGGUAAAAGCUCUGACAGAAAUCUUUAGCAUUGGAGGAAAUAAUUCUAAAAAAUGCCCGUUCAAAAGCGAAGCAGUGAAAUCCAGUUUCUCUAAAUUUGACGCUUUACAGAAGAAAAACGUUUUCCAUGUUAGAUCCUCUGAUUCAACCAAGGCUCAGGAAAAAUUCAGUAAUGGUGUACAGUUGGAGUUGUUCACCAAUUGCAAGGCUUGCGGUAAACAAGUUUUUCAAAUGGAACAAAUUAAAGCUGAAAGGGCUCUGUGGCACAAAAACUGUUUUAGAUGUACCGAGUGUAGCAAACAGCUAACGGUGGACACGUACGAAAGCAACGAGGGAUCCCUGUAUUGUAAACCGCACUUCAAGGCCUUGUUCGCUCCGAAAGUUGUGGAGGAUGAGGCACCUCCGAGACCCCGAAAACAUGAAUUAAUCAUACGCGAAAACCAGCCUGUAGAAUUGCCACCAGAUGUGGUCAGAGCGAGUGACAAGCCUGAUCUCGGUCUGGAAGAGCUUCAAAGCCUGAACGUCAAAGAACGAUUCCAAGUGUUCGAAAACUAUCAAUCGCAACAGGUAGAAAGUUCCGAUGUGGAACGGGGUGGAACUCCUGUUAAAAGAUCUCCUUCGAUAUUAUCCAAAUUAGCCAAAUUUCAGAAACACGGCAUGGAUGUAGGUGUGUCCAACGAAGCUUUGGAUGGUAUUCCUAUCGAAGAAUCUUCUUCAGAAGAAGAGGUGGAAGACGAUGAUGUUCCUGAUGGUGAAGACCCAGACUUAGUUAGAGCUAAAAAAGUUCAAAAAGAAAAACCUUUCCAUUUCACUGGCAUGUCGGAUGUCAAAAAGAAAUGGGAACACGGAGAUCACACCAGAGAAGAACGGAGAGAAGAAACCAAACAAGAAAUACAGAACAUUAGAAAUAGAUUAUUCUUGGGGAAACAAGAGAAGAUGAAGGAGGCCUACCAACAGGCUAUAAUGGAGAGCGAGUCCAGCGCCAACUUAAGGAAAAACUUGACAGAAACAAUCGAAGUCUGUGAUACUAAAUCAAUUAAGGAACGGUUUGAAAAAGGCGAAGUAGCCAACGAGAAAACAAAAGAAAAUCGGGGCGAUGACGAAGAGGAAGUAUACGAAAGCGAAAUAAGCAAAAAGUCCAGAUCUUUAUUUUUGGAAUUGGAUGCUAGUGCUUCAAAACCUCCACAAUUAUCUCCAGUAACGCCUCCAAAAUUGGAAGUCAAAAAGGCCAGAGAGGCGUAUUUAGCUAAAUCUUCCAACGAGGAUACCGUAAAAUCUACCGAACAAAUUGAAGAGGUUGAGGUUAGGACGGCAGAUAUACAGGAAAGGUUUAAAUUUUUCGAAACCUACAAAGAGCCGGAACAGGAGAGGAAAAAAUUUAGAAUAACUCCACCCCGAGAUCCUUCGCAAGUUAAGACUGAAACACCAGAAAGGGAGAUCUAUAGAGAUCCGGACGUAGUGAGGUCAGAAGAAUACAUAGACGAUUCGAAAAUAGCUAAAGAAUCCCAUACAGCCUCGAAAAUGUUGAACAAAUUCAGACAGAUGGAAGAGAACCUUAGCAGGGAACCAGAACAAGCCGCUGGUCCAAAACCAUUAAAAAGAUUCACUCCACCGCCUGAACCGACAAAACAGGAAUCCCACAGCGAGGAGGAAUCUUCAGAGUAUGAAGAAGAAGAGGAGGAAGAGGUGGACUAUGCGGGGAAAUUACCGGAAGAUAUAGUUGAAGCGCAGAAAGCAGCCAGAGCCAAACAGUUACGGGCCAAGUUUGAAAAAUGGGAAGCCAACGAGAUCAAAAAAGAACAACAGAAUUCUGUAAACGUACUGGAAGAAAACGGGGAAGAACAAUCACAAAUUGAAUCUACAAGAGUAUUGAGAGCAAGGUUCGAGUCCAUGAAACAAUCGUCUAGUACAGAAUCCAGGGGUCAACGCAUCAAACCAAACCGUUUUGUGGAUAUGACAGUGACUAUGACAGAAACAUGCCAAAGUUGUAGUGGGAAAGUGUAUCCGUUAGAAAAAAUAUCUAUUCAUGGAAAUAUUUACCAUAAAAACUGCUUCAAGUGUAUGGAGUGUUCGUGUGUUUUGCGAAUGGAUUCGUACUCAUAUAAUCAAGGCCUUCUCUACUGCACCCCCCACUUUAAAAGACUUUUUAUAACAAAAGGGAACUAUGAUUCUGCCUUCGGUCUGGAUCAGCACAAAGAAAAAUGGCAGAACAACGUAAACAAUAUGACUGUAGCGUAAUACACUUUUAUAAAACAUAUUUGUGAUACACUUAAUCCUAAACUAUACUGCCCAAAAAAUCAAAUCGUUUAGUGUAAGCCAUACUAAAAGGCUAUAAAAUAUAAAAUUUAAAUAAUACAUUUUUUAAAGUGCCUAAAAAUAUUUUUUCAAAGAAAUUAAAAACUCUUUAUAUGCAUAUUUUUGUACAAUUUUAUAUAGGUAGGUAUAUACUUUAUAUAUUUAGCUUGUUGCUUGUAUUCGUUUUAUAACGUAUAUUAUUAUGUUUUUAGAGUUAAUGACAAUAUCGUAAUAAUCAUGUUUUAUGACCUAAGGUUUGACGAAUUAAAAAAAGAACACCUAUAUUUAUAAACUAUUAUAUUUUUCAUUACCAAGUGUAUUUUUAUUAUAUGUGAUUUUUUUAUAAUAAAAUAAUUUUAUA